AUGAAGUGCCUAGUAAUUUUGUGCGUUAUCCUUGGUGCCGUAAGUGGAAUUAGAGGAGAAAAAUGUGACAAGCCAGAGGUUACUGCUACGGCAUAUGUAACCCAGGACGCGACUGUCCUGACGAACGUGGCAUUCACUACCCAGUUUACUCUCAAGUGCAGCAACGGAGUCAAGGAUAUUUCACUUUAUGCUGAAUGUGAAGGAAAAACUCUACCCGCUGUUCGACUUAGUGCUGAUAAUAAAUACCAGGUAUCCUGGACUGAAGACAUAAAAAAAGUCCAUUCCGGUAACUACGAAGUAAAACUCUACGACGAAGAAAGCUACGCAGCAAUCAGAAAAGCGCACCGCAACAACGAAGACCCGUCAUCUGUAAAGCCACUCGCCGUGGUGACAGUAACCAACCCAGGAGUGUACCAGGGUCCUUGGAUCAACUCUGAGCUUCUAGCAGUAGCUCUUGCUGCUCUUGUUUCCUACGCAGCUUUUUCUGCCAAGUCAAAGCUCCUCGCCUAG